UUAGAAAUUAUCUGUAUACAAACAAUUGGUUAACACUUAUCUUUAUAAAUACACUUAGAAACAAACUAUAUUUGGUUGUGACCAAAAAAGAAAGUUUAAAUACACUAUCAUUUUAAUACAAGAUCGAUAAUUAACUGUGCAACAGAACUAAUUACAAAAAUGAAGUGUGUAAUUAUCAUUUGCUUUAAAUCUCUCAUUUUGACCUUCUGAAUCCAUUUCAUGCCACGAUUUGAAAUAUCACUUGUCUUUCUCCCGAUUGAAAAAGAGACAUAGUUUUCAAUCACAGGCUUUCAAGAUACUAGUAUUGGUCAUGAAGAGGUAGAAGAUGUCCCUGAAGCAGUCACAUGGUUAAAGCUUCUGUUAGUUAAAAUAUAUUUAAUUUAAAUGAUACAUUAACUUGACAGUAAACAAGUACUACGUAAUAUUCAAACCCCAUUAAUAAAGAAGUCAUAGAGAAGACAUACACAAGCUAUUGGUAUGCACAAAGACAAUUUGACCGGCUACACAGGCAAAUUGAGUGGCGAUUUAUGAAGAAAAUCGAUUUUCACACAGACAAAAAUAAAAAAAAUUGUCUGUAUCACAAACACUUUACAAUAAAGAAGUCAUAGAGAAGACAUACACAAGCUACUGGUACUUUACAAGAUGCACUCACAUAAUUGUGUGUACAUAGACAAUUUGACCGGCUACACGGCCAAAUUGAGUGGCGAUUUAUGAAGAAAAUCGAUUUUCACACAGACAAAAAUUAAAAAAAAUUGUUUGUAUCACAGACACUUUAUAAUAAAGAAGUCAUAGAGAAGACACACACAAACUAUUGGUACUUUACAAGAUACACUCACAUAAUUGUCUGUACACAGACAAUUUGACCGGCCACACAGGCAAAUUGAGUGGUGAUUUAUGAAGAAAAUCGAUUUUCACACAGACAAAAAUAAAAAAACAUGUCUGUAUCACAUACACUUUAUGAAAAAUUACAAUCUAAAAUGUCUGCGAUACAAAUAAAUCUUUAUAUUUUGUCUGUGAAAAUCGAUUUAACAGACAAUUCUUUAUAUUUUGUCUGCGAUAUAGACAAAAAUUUAAAUGAUAAACAUCACAAAUCUCUUUAGUAUAAUAGUGUAAUAAGUACUAGUAUUCAACAUCAUAACAACAUAUGUGAUAUACAAAAUUAAAAAGGGAACAUAUAUACCCUAAAUGCACAAAAAAUAUGAAUAAAGUGUUAUCUCAUGAAUAAUAUUUGAGAGAGCAAAGUAGAUUCAAGUUGUGACUUCUCCUAUUUUUCUGAGCAGAUUUAGAUCUGCAAAAAAAGUGAGAGCUUUUGAAAUGAAGAAAACAGGAAAAGAGAAGAAAAAAGAUGGAGAAAGGGAGAUAAAGAGAGGAAAGAAAAAGAAAAGAGGGAAAGAGGAAGAGGAAAGAAAUGAAGAUAACGAGGGAGAAGAAAAGAGGCUGGAGAAUGUUGGGCGCAGGGAGGGAGAGAAAAGAAAAAGAAGAGAGGAAGAGGGAGAAGGAAGUUGGGUGCAGGGAAGGAGAGGAAAAAAGGAAAAGAAAGGAAGGAGGGGAGGGGUUAAUAGGGUGGAAAAGAAGGGGGUGAGGGCUUUUUGUGCUGUGUAGACUGCUGUGUACAUAGCGAAUUUUCCUUGCACUUAACGUUGUAUGGUCAUUGUCAUCCUUGUCGCCCUGCUCCUGUCGAUUGAUCAGACAAUUGUGGAUCGAUCAAGCGAUUGAUUAGUACCUGCCAAAACUGAAAACCUUGAAUUUAAAGCCGCCAAGGAGCACCACGAAAAAUCAAGACUAUGCUAGACAUUAAAGCAUAUUUAGUUAUCUAGUCUCUCCAUCCCAUAAAGCAUUGUAGUUAUCUAGUUAUAUUCACUCAUCCUUAAAGCAUUGUAGUUAUAUACCUAUUAUUAGUUAUCUAGUCUCUCCAUCCCAUAAAAUUAUUUUCUCAUCCUUAUAUUUAUAUAUUCUCUCAUCCUUAAAGCAUUGUAGUUAUAUACCUAUUAUUAGUUAUCUAGUCUCUCCAUCCCAUAAAAUUAUUUUCGGUUUGACUUAGAUCCGAGUUUAAGUAAGUGGUUGAGAGCUCGUUUGGUGAUGAUGUUAUUCGCUUAUCAGAUCAACCAUUUUCUUUGGCAAUACACGUAAGGUAUCAGUCAUGCCCUGUGUUCUCUAUCAAUAGCGAGACGAUUGUGCUGCCAUGAAAGCUGCCCAUUUCCAUAAAUUCCCGCCGAGUUGUUAAUUGUUAUUCAAUCAGAAUUUCAAAUUUGGUGUAGUUUUUAGUAAAUUAGAACUCUUCUGCUCCGCAUAUAUUGCCUCAAAAAGCUAGAAAGGAGAAUCUGCCGACAUUCGUUGCAGCCGCCAGCCGGCGCUAGUUGGCUCUUUUUCUCCCUCCCAUCGACAAGGAACAUUUUUAUUCCGUCAAACCUCAAUUCCGCUGCAAUUCCGAUAGUACGUGGGAGUGCGGAGAAAUGGGCAAUUCCUUGAAGGAAUUCUGGAACAAGAAGACAUUGCUGAGUCUGGGCUUGGGACAGUUCCUGUCUCUUCUAGUCACUUCUACCGGCUUCCUAUCCUCAGACCUCGCCAGAAAAGGAAUUAAUGCCCCCACUUCUCAGUCUUUUCUAAAUUAUGUGCUAUUGGCCUUAUUCUAUGGAGGAAUCAUGAUUUACCGAAAGAAGCCGCUCAAGGCAAAGUGGUAUUAUUAUGUUAUUCUUGGGUUGGUUGAUGUAGAGGCUAAUUUUCUCGUGGUGAAAUCUUAUCAAUACACAUCCUUAACGAGUGUCAUGCUACUGGAUUGUUGGGCAAUUCCAUGUGUUAUGCUUUUCACCUGGAUUUUCUUGAAGACAAAAUACAAAAUCGGAAAGUUCAUUGGUGUUUUUGUUUGCGUUGCUGGUCUUGUACUGGUCAUCUUCUCAGAUGUACAUGCAGCGGAUCGAUCAAGUGGGAGCAACCCUCUCAAGGGAGAUUUACUUAUACUUGCUGGAGCCACAUUGUAUGCUGUGAGUAAUGUCAGUGAGGAAUUUUUUGUUAGAAGUGCUGAUAUGGUUGAACUCAUGGCAUUUUUGGGUCUCUUUGGUGCCAUUGUCAGUGCAUGCCAAAUAGGCAUACUUGAGCGCAGUGAAUUGAAAUCUAUUCAUUGGACAGCAGGAUCGACACUUCCUUUUAUUGGAUUUUCUCUGGCAAUGUUUUUCUUUUACUCAGGUGUUCCCAUCUUACUCAAGAUUAGUGGCUCAACAAUGCUGAACCUGUCCUUGCUAACAUCAGACAUGUGGGCUGUUUGUAUUCGCAUUUUUGCAUAUCAUGAGAAGGUUGAUUGGAUGUACUUUGUAGCUUUUGCUGCUGUUGCUGUUGGGCUCAUUGUCUAUUCUGGGGGUGAUAAACAGGCUGAAGUUGCUGAACAGAGUAAACCAUUAGACGAGGAGGCUGGUUUGGACAACGGCACCCAGAAAGGUGCUUGAAGCAAUGUAGAUACCAGAAAGGAUACCACAAGGGAAUAAGUCAGAUGUUGAAAUUUUGCCUUGUUUCUCUAGAAGUUUAGACUUUAGAGUUUAGGCCUAUUGAAUGUUGCUCUUCCAUCCAUCGUUGUCGAGAAAAUGUAUCAAAAUGGGCUAAAAAGCGUAAGUAUUAUCAAACUACCAUUUUCCGUUUACGAUUUAAUAGAUUUUUUUAAAAUGGCAUAAACAUGAGCCUAUAAGAUCUCUUUGAGUAAAAAAAUAAAAA